ACAACCGUCACUGGGUGAACUGACUAAAAAGCCGUCACUGGAUCGUGGGUGAAUGUCUGUCGAAUAUCCAACUUAAAACUAACUUCACCGCGGUCUUUUACCUCAACAUCAGUCUUGAAUCUUAAUGCCACUGUUGUUUAUUUGAUACACGUAUUAUAGCAGUGAGUGCAGCGGUAACGUCAGAUCCUAUUUAUACAGGGGAGAGACGGUAGUUCGUCUGAAAGUUGUCGCUGUAUCUAAACCCUCAGCGGGUUAGGGAGCUGGAUUUGGCUGUGAGGGUGACUCCGACCAGAGUUUACUCCGUCUCGGACGUGGCGAGUGUAGUUUCGGAAAAAGGCUACUGGAUUGUGCAAUCAGGAAGUGAAAGUGUGGCAAAACUCGGGGGAGGACACAGGAAGAUAUUAACAUACUGUAGGCUACACUCAGUCUUGUCACUGACUAAUCCUCAAUUAACUACUUUACUUCUGACAACAUGGACGGGUCAAACAGAAGAAUUGUCCUGUUGGGAAAAACUGAAGUUGGGAAAAGCAGCCUGGCUAACACCAUAUUUGGAGAGGAACUGUUCGAUAUCGACCAAUCUCUCAACUCUGAAACAAGAAAAUGUCAAGCAGAGACCAAAUCUGUCAGUGGAAGAGGCAUCACUUUGAUCGACACUCCUGGUUUCUUUGACACUGAUAGAUCUGAGGAGGAGCUGAAGUCUGAGAUAGUGAGCUGUAUCACAAAGUGCGCUCCUGGGCCUCAUGCUUUUCUCAUUGUGCUAAAAGUGGAGAAAGUCACAGAGCAGGAGCAGGCUGUCAUCAACAAAAUAAGUCAAUACUUCUCAGAAGAAGCUUUCAAAUAUGCAACAGUCGUCUUCACUCAUGGUGACCAGCUCCGUGAAGGAUGGAAAAUUGAGGAUUUUGUCUGCAAGAAUAAGUUUAUGAAUGAUCUUGUGAAGAAGUGCGGAGGCCGUUGCCACAUCGUUGACAAUAAAUACUGGAAUAAAAUCCCUAAAGAUAAAUACAGGAGCAACCGGUUCCAGGUGGAGGAGCUACUUAACACAAUAGACAAGAUGGUGAUGGAAAACAACGGAAGCUGCUACACCAAUGAGAUGCUACAAGCAGUGGAGAAAAAAAUACAAGAGGAGGAGGAGCAGAUUAGAUGCUUAUCAAAAAACAAGAGAGAGACCAGAGAGCAGGGUAAGGUCACCAUGUUUAAGAGGCUUUUGAUCCAAGUGGCAGGUGCCGCAAAAGGUGCAUUAUUUGGAGCUUUUAUUGGUGUAGUAUUGAGUGGGGUGGUCAUUUCUUCAAUGCCAUUAAGCGCACUGGCAUUUGCUUUAGUUGGAGCGGUGAUAAAAGGUUUUAGAGAAUAUAUUAAAGCUGAAGGAGAAGACACACAACAGGAAGCAGCAAGUGGGGCAGCAAUGGCUGACAAGAAAGAAGCUCAGUCUGUCUUAGAUGAAGCAAAAAAUGUUUCGGACUGACUGAUCAGCCAGAGUACUUCAAAAGAGUUUUAACAGCAUUCAUAGAGUAGAUCUCCAGUUUUUUAUAAACCCACUGGAUAAUGUUGGUUGUAUUCCUGUCUUUUGUUGAAAUAUGUGUCAUUACCAUGCCUUAUUGCACUAAUAAACAUAUUUUAAAACAAA